AUGGGAAGCUUCGUGUUCAAGUGGGAUCACCCCGCCACCGAAGUCUACGUGACGGGCACUUUUGACGGCUGGAAGAAGACCGAGAAGCUAGAGAAGGUUGGCGACCACUUCGAGAAGAACGUGACAGUACCCGAUGCCUCCGAGAAGAUAUUCUACAAGUUUGUUGUAGACGGCGACUGGGUUACUGAUCACACCGCACCGAAAGAAGCCGACGAGAGUGGCAACGAGAACAACGUCCUGACCCCCGAGCGCAUCGUUUCGUCAGCCCCCGCAACGACAGCCAUGAUGAACUCUGCCCACCCCGAUUCCACUACCGCUGCCCUGGCCGCAGAUGCGCCCCUGGAGAAGAAGGAGGACCAGUCUGGUCUUCCUGGAUCUUUCCCAGAGACGCCUGCACUGGAGAAGACGAACAGUGACUUUGGCAUAAACCCGAUGCCGGCCGGUGUGGGUGGCGUCAACCCCAUCAAGCUUGCGCCCGGCGAGAAGAUUCCUGAAGGCAUUGCUGCCGAGAGCACAACCAGCCACGUCAAGCUGGACCCUGAGUCCUAUGCCGCUAGUGACGCGCUUCCAGGUGGCUUUCCUGCUGCAUUCUCCUCGACUGCCCCCGAGUCGAGCACCGCUGCGCUGGCUGCAGGCGCGCCUAUCGAGACCAAGGUCCCCGAGGUCGUCAAGGAGAGUCAAGCGAAGGCGCAUGUCGAUGCCGAGGCCAGCGGAGUCCCUGAAGAGGUCCAGGAGAAGGCUGCUCUUGAGAGCGAACUCCUCGACAAGGUGAAGGAGGCGCCCAGCACCUCCGAGGGCACUUCCGGCUAUGGUACAGAGAAGACCGAGAAGACUGUCGACGCUAGCGAGGCAGCAGCAGCUGUCGCGGCUGCCGCUACCGCUCUUGGCGGUGCCGCCGUCGCCGGUGCCUUUAUGGCCAAGGAUGCUGCUAUUGAGAAGGCCAAGGACGCUACUGUCGCUGCCCAAGCUUCUGCCACUGAAGCCGCAACCAACUUGCCUGACUCGGUCAAGGAGAAGUUGCCCGAGUCGGUCCAGAACGCCAUCGGAACCACGACAAAGGAGGAAACUCGUGAGGAAGUCUCGCCUGAGGUGCCUACCGAAGUAAAGCAAUCCAUUACUGAAGCUGAAAAGGACCCUGAGGCUGCGGCAAACACGGAAGCUGUCGUAGAGAAGAAGGCAAUGGAGGCUGAGCUUCUCAAGGAGAUUACACCAGCCCAGGUGACCAGCGAGCCCGCCAUCGGAACCACGCCAAAGGAGGAAACUCGUGAGGAAGUCUCGCCUGAGGUGCCUACCGAAGUAAAUGAAUCCAUCACCGAAUCUGGAAGGGCCCCCGAGGCUGCGGCAAACACGGAAGCUGUCGUAGAGAAGAAGGCGAUGGAGGCUGAGCUCCUCAAGGAGAUCACACCAGCCAAGGUGACCAGCGAGCCCGGCAAAGCCGAGACUCCCGCCGCGACAGAGACGAAGCCAGCCGAGGGUCCCCUGCCCGUCCUCGAGCCUUUGUCCGCACUGGCGGCUCCGGUAGUGCUGGGUCCGGAAGUGACGACCGGUGUAGAGACGAAGCCCGUAGAGACGGAGACGGAGCCUGUCGAGACGAAGCCCGUCGAGGUUCCCGAGCCCGUCAUCGAGCCUGCGUCCUCACAGACAGCUCCAGUUGUGACGACCGGCGUUGAGACGAAACCUACCGAGGAGACGACUACCAACCGCGCCCCGUCUGUUGACCCUACCACGCCUGCCAAGCCUGUUGAACCGGCUGCCGGUACUCCCAGCAGCAGCAGCGUCUCCAAGCCCACCGAUAGUGCCGCCACGGCCGACAAGACGGAUAGUCCCUCCACGACCGACAAGAAGAAGAAGAACCGACUCUCGGCCAUGUUUGGCAAGGUCAAGACCAAGCUUUCUAACAAAUAA